AUGUACCUGGACCUGGACCUGGACCUGGCCCUUCGACGACGCGAUAGCUACGACCGGGAUGACAAGAAGAGCAGCGGCGGCGGUUUCCUCGGCGGAAUCCUAGGCGGCGGCAGCAGCAGCAGCAGCAAUGACAAGAAAGACAAGAAGAGCGAGGGCUUCACCGACAAGAUCAUUGACGGCGCUGCCGAGUACGCCAAGAAGAAGUGGUAA